AUGGCAGGUGCAUUCUCAGGGCUGCUGGCUUAUCUAAUUAGCAUGAUGGACGGGGUUGGCAAGCUAGAAGGCUGGCGGUGGAUAUUUAUACUGGAGGGCCUUUUGACAGUUAUUGUGGCCGUCGCGUCCUACUUCUUUGUCUGGGAUGAACCCGCAACUGCAGAUUUCCUCUCGGAAGAGGAGAAGAUGGCUCUUGCCGAGAGCUUGAACUACGUUCAAAUCAGCGCAUCAACGAGCGCACAAGUUGGGAACGAACACUCUUUCAAAUGGAAGCACGUAUCGUCGGCGUUGCUGGACUGGCAGCUGCUUUUCCACUGUAUGAACUACUGGGGAGUGGCGGUCGCAGUAUAUGCAUUAUCACUCUUUCUCCCGAGCAUCAUUGCCGGACUAGGUUACUCCAGCGCAAUCGCUCAGCUCCUCACAAUUCCAGUCUACGCAGCUGCUACGAUAUCCUGUAUCUUGGUAGGAUACUAUUCAGAUAUAACCGGCCAGCGAAGUCUUUUUACCUUUGGCUGCUAUACUGCUGUGAUUGUUGGAUUCAUUAUGGCAGUUGCCCCGUCUGAGUUCAUGCCUGGUCUCACAUACGCUGGAUGCUUUAUCGCUGCAUGCGGAAUCUAUCCUGCUAUCCCCGGUCUGCUAGCUUUGUCCUCGAAUAACUGGGCCCCCAAUACAAAACGAGCUGUGGGAUUAGCUAUUCAAAUGGGAUUCGGGUCCAUGGGCGGUGCAGCAGCAUCUAACUUCUACAGAAGUGAAGAUGCACCGAGAUACAGACUGGGCCAUAUUCUGGUCCUGAUAUUUGCUGCGAUAGGGUUCUCGACCACGAUUGUCUAUUAUUUUAUUUGCCGCACCUUGAACGCAAAGAGAGACGCAGAUGCAGACCGGGUUUAUCAAUACACGUCCGACGAGCUGGCUAAUAUGGGCAACACCGCCCCGAGCUUCAGAUACAAGCUCUAG